UUUUUUUCUUUUAGGUUGUACAUCAUGGAACCGUCUGCGCCAAAAAGUAAGCUGAAAAAGCUGAGCGAAGACAGUUUGACCAAACAGCCUGAGGAAGUGUUUGAUGUUCUGGAGAAACUCGGUGAAGGCUCUUAUGGCAGCGUCUUUAAAGCCAUUCAUAAGGAGUCGGGGCAGGUAGUGGCCAUCAAGCAGGUUCCCGUGGAGUCUGAUCUGCAGGAAAUCAUAAAGGAGAUCUCCAUCAUGCAGCAGUGUGACAGUCCCUAUGUAGUGAAAUACUAUGGCAGCUACUUCAAGAACACGGACUUGUGGAUUGUGAUGGAGUACUGCGGCGCGGGCUCCGUUUCUGACAUCAUCAGACUGCGCAACAAGACGCUGACAGAGGAUGAGAUUGCCACCAUCCUAAAGUCAACAUUGAAGGGUCUUGAAUACCUUCACUUCAUGAGGAAGAUCCACCGCGACAUUAAGGCUGGGAACAUUCUUCUCAACACUGAGGGACACGCCAAACUGGCAGACUUUGGGGUUGCCGGCCAGCUGACAGACACCAUGGCAAAGAGAAACACAGUGAUCGGUACUCCCUUCUGGAUGGCUCCGGAAGUGAUCCAGGAGAUCGGCUACAAUUGUGUUGCAGACAUUUGGUCCCUGGGCAUCACCUCCAUAGAGAUGGCAGAGGGCAAACCUCCAUAUGCUGACAUCCACCCAAUGAGAGCUAUCUUUAUGAUCCCCACCAACCCUCCUCCUACAUUCAGGAAGCCGGAGCUUUGGUCAGAUGAAUUCACAGACUUUGUUAAAAAGUGUUUGGUCAAGAACCCCGAGCAAAGAGCAACGGCCACGCAGCUGCUACAGCAUCCAUUCAUCAGCCAGGCCAAACCAGUUACAAUCCUGAGAGACCUGAUCACCGAGGCCAUGGAGAUGAAGGCGAAGAGGCAGCAGGAGCAGCAGAGAGAGAUGGAGGAGGAGGAGGACAACUCUGUACGUGCCCUGAAAUGUGGAAGUCCCGGCAUAGUAACCCUGCAGACCCGCGGGAUGCUCAGUUUCCACGAGGAGGAGACCGAGGUGGACUCCCACACCAUGGUCAAGUCUGGCUCGGAGGGGGCCGGGACCAUGAGGGCCAGCGGCACCAUGAGCGACGGGGCCCAGACCAUGAUCGAGCACGGCAGCACCAUGCUGGAGUCGGACCUGGGCACCAUGGUGAUCAACAGCGACGAUGAGGAAGAGGAGGAAGACCAGGGAUCAAUGAGAAGACACGCCACCCCCCAGCAGCCCAUACGCCCGUCAUUCAUGGAUUACUUUGACAAGCAGGAUUCCAACAAGGCCGCCCAGCAGCAGGAAAACUACAACCACAACCAGCCACAGGAGCAGCCCGGCUACCACAUCCAGUCUAAAAACGUCUUCCCCGAUAACUGGAAGGUCCCUCAGGACGGAGACUUUGACUUUUUGAAGAAUCUGGACUUUGAGGAGCUGCAGCUGCGCCUGAGUGCCUUGGACCCCAUGAUGGAGCGGGAGAUUGAGGAGCUCAGGCAGCGCUACACUGCCAAACGGCAGCCCAUCCUGGACGCAAUGGACGCCAAGAAGAGACGGCAGCAGAACUUCUGA